GAAGCUCGCAUCAAGCCCCGAUAAUUCUCCCUUUAUAAACCUGAUAAUUCUCCCCCUAUAAACCUGUACCUUGCUUGUUUUCAACACUUAAAACAUCUCUCUCUCUCUGUCUCUCUCUCUCUCUAUCUCUCUCUCUCAAUUAUAAUUUGCAGUCGAAUUGGACAUGGCUUUCUUCACAAUCUCGACCAACGAUCCCUUCCUCUUCGAGGACUAUUUCCCGUCGAUGAUCGAGCGGCUGGGAGCAGAAGCAUUCAUGGGGGAGCUCUGCAAUGGAUUCCGCUUGCUGAUGGACGUGGAGAAGGGGCUUAUAACCUUUGAAAGCUUGAGAAGGAACACGAUUCUGCUAGGGCUCCAUGAAAUGGGAGACGAAGAGCUCGUCUGCAUGUUGGCCGAGGGAGAUUUAGACGGUGACGGAGCCCUGAACCAGCUGGAGUUUUGCAUCUUGAUGUUCAGACUGAGCCCUGGCUUGAUGGACGGCUCCAAGAGAUGGGCGGUUCACGAUGAGAUGGGCAUCAAUGAAAUGCAUGCCGUCUGAUGGGGGAGCUGCUGUAUUUUUAUGAUUCUUAUCAAGUAAUAAGGAUCUUCUUCUUCUACAUAUAUAUAGCAUAUUAUAUAUAUAUGUUCGAUGUGCUGAUCCUUAAUUAAUUUCUAUAUUUUAUGCAAGGAAAUAUUCAAUAAAAAGUGGAUGGUUUGUUCUUUUAGAAACGGAGAGGAUGAUUUAGUUAGUUUCUUCAAUAAUAUUGCUUCUGUAAUCA